GGGAGAGCAAUCCCCUGUGGACACCGGGCUGAGGCUCGGGAGUUUUACCAUGAAGCGCUCUCCUGCUCCUGUAAACAGCCUAUUUAUUGUACUGAAGUCCGGACGCUCGUUCCCUUCUGCUGCUGCAACACAAGGCGAUUGAUCGGAAUGGAUUACAGUAAAAACGACAAGAAGCAGAAAAUGUAUUCUACUGGUCGUCUUCUAAAGUCAAGAUACCCCAAUGUUGGAAACAAUUGGCCAAUGCACCAGAAACUUCCUGGAAGCACACACAUAACUCCCAAGGAUGCAGGAGACCUUUUCAUCACUGGAAUUUCUGUCUCAAAACUGAAAGACCAAAGUCUAGAAAACCAUGCCAACCAGAAAGUGUCCAUUACACAAAAUGUGACCUCAGCACAGACCAGCGGAUGGAGACUGAAAGCUGUCCCGGUAAAUAAUGUCCCUAUCAUCUGUUCGUACACCAGACCAUUACAAAUAACUCUUCAUGGCUGUCCACUGACUGCCUCGAGCUCCCGAACGCAACAGUUUAUCCGCCAGUUUGGUAGUACAUUGGGUACAGCAAGUUCUGAGUCCUGGUGGAAUUAUCGAUUUGCUACAUAUACAAUUUUAUCGAGAAAACCUGGAAAACCAUGUAGAGAAUCGAAUCUCUUGGCUGGACAUGAAUCUCAAAGUCAUAACCAUCUACAGAGGCAAGAAGUGAUGACUCGCAGCAAUCAAUACAAUAAAUAUUUGUGUAUGAAGCCUCUCCUGACAGAUUCGUCUACUCAGACCCAGAGUCCACAAGAUGUUCACCUUUCAAACCCUGAGGAAUACAAUACCUUCAAGGAGAAAGACCCCAGUCAUCUGGAUCCUGGAGGCUCCACUAACAGAAUGGGAAAAUUGGGCAAAAGAAUGAGAAAACAGAAGAGUGGGUAUGCACUGUCCAUCCCUUCAUCACCCAAAAACUCAGGGAGCAGGAUUUACUGCACAGAGCCUGGUGUCCCAGUUAUGUCCCCUGAGCCUUGGUCAUCACCUCACACCCCAGAAGAAGAAGAGAUAUCUAUCACUGUCCCUCUCCUUCCAAAAUUGCAAAAUUUUGGACAGUAGUCAGUGAUCCAUACAAACAUCCUGGCCGUUCACACAAUUUACCAGUAAUAGAGGAGUUAAUCAGCCAUCAUGGUGGCCCAGCUACUUCAGAGGACCUUGGCGAAUGGAAUUCCUUCUGCUGCUUUCCAUG